ACCAUAAAAUUCUAAUACAAGAAUUUUUGCAAGUUGCACAUUUAUCUCCAAGCACAAAGCAUGAUGAAUCGGCAAGAAACCUACUUGAAAUGGAGAAAGUAAUUAAACAUGAGAUUGAAGAAAUAAGUGGAAAGAUCUAUGUCGAAGUUGAGUCUAAAACUACCCCAGGUCAAUAUAAUGAUAAGUUGGAAGUACUAGUAGGUUCUGAGAAUGAAGAUGAUAUUAGUAAUGAGAGCAAUAAAGACACAGAUAGUGAAAGCAAUAACUAUAACAAUAAUGAUGAUA